UUCAAAUUCCCAAGUGAAGCACACCCAUAAAUACCCUUCUGUGCUGCUACUUCUCACUGGAGCAGUGUGAACAUGGUGCCAGGUCUGAAGGCCCUUCUGUUCCUCACCCUGCAUCUCCUGCAGGCUGCAGAGAGCUCCAUGGUGCAUCUCAACAACAAUGGAUACGAGGGUGUGGUCAUUGCCAUUAACCCCAGUGUGCCAGAGGACGAAGGGCUCAUCCCAAGCAUAAAGGAUAUGGUGACUCAAGCCUCUACCUACCUGUUUGAAGCCAGCCAAGGAAGAGUUUACUUCAGGAACAUAAGCAUAUUAGUCCCGAUGACCUGGAAGUCAAAAUCCGAGUACUUAAUGCCAAAGCGAGAAUCGUAUGACAAAGCUGACGUCAUAGUUGCCGAUCCUCAUCUGCAAUAUGGAAACGACCCCUACACCCUUCAGUACGGGCAGUGUGGGGACAGAGGACAGUACAUCCACUUCACUCCAAACUUCCUACUCACUGAUAACUUGCAGAUCUACGGACCCCGAGGCAGAGUCUUUGUCCAUGAGUGGGCCCAUCUCCGGUGGGGAGUCUUUGAUGAGUAUAACGUGGACCGGCCUUUCUACAUGUCUAGAAAGAACACUAUAGAAGCAACAAGGUGUUCUGCCAGCAUCGUUGGCACCAAGGUGGUCCACGAGUGUCAGGGACGCAGCUGUGUGACAAGGUCAUGCCGGCGUGACUCGAGGACAGGCCUGUAUGAACCCAAAUGUAUAUUUAUCCCAGACAAACUUCAGACUGCCCGGGCCUCCAUAAUGUUCAUGCAAAACCUCAGUUCUGUGGUUGAAUUUUGCACAGAAAAAAACCACAAUACAGAAGCUCCAAACCUGCAAAACAAAAUGUGCAAUCGCAGAAGCACGUGGGACGUAAUCAAGGCGUCUGCUGACUUUCAGAAUGCCCCUCCCAUGACAGGCACAGAAGCCCCUCCUCCACCUACAUUUUCAUUGCUCAAGUCCAGAAGGCGAGUGGUCUGCUUGGUGCUGGAUAAAUCCGGAAGCAUGAACUCAGAAGACCGUCUUAUUCGAAUGAAUCAAGCAGCAGAACUGUACUUAACUCAAAUUGUGGAAAAGAAGUCUAUGGUUGGAUUAGUCACAUUUGACAGCGCUGCCCACAUCCAAAAUUAUCUAAUAAAAAUAACUGGUAGUAGUGACUACCAAAAGAUCACCGCAAACCUCCCCCAACAGGCUUCUGGUGGAACUUCAAUUUGCCAUGGACUCGAGGCAGGAUUUCAGACAAUUACCUCCAGUGACCAGAGCACUUCCGGUUCUGAGAUCGUAUUGCUGACAGAUGGGGAAGAUAAUGGAAUAAGUUCAUGCUUUGAGGCCGUCAAGCGCAGUGGUGCCGUCAUCCACACCAUUGCUCUGGGGCCCUCUGCUGCCCGAGAACUGGAGACUCUGUCAGACAUGACAGGAGGACUUCGUUUCUAUGCCAACAAAGACAUAAACAGCCUUAUCGACGCUUUCAGUAGGAUUUCAUCUACAAGUGGCAGCGUCUCACAGCAGGCUCUGCAGUUGGAGAGCAAAGCCUUCAAUGUCGGAGCAGGGGCAUGGAUAAACGGUACAGUACCUGUGGACAGUACCGUCGGCAAUGACACGUUCUUUGUUAUCACCUGGACAGUACAAAAGCCAGAAAUCAUUCUUCAAGAUCCAAAAGGAAAAAAAUAUACAACCUCAGAUUUCCAAGAGAAUAAACUAAACAUCCGAUCUGCUCGACUUCAAAUACCAGGCACUGCAGAGACAGGCACUUGGACUUACAGCCUUAAGGGUACCAAGUCUCAGAUGAUAUCCGUGACAGUGACCACUCGAGCAAGAAGUCCCACCACAGAACCACUCAUGGCCACCGCUCACAUGAGUCAGAGCACAGCCCAGUACCCUAGCCAGAUGAUUGUGUACACACGGGUCAGCCAAGGGUUUUUGCCUGUUCUGGGAGCCAAUGUCACAGCCGUCAUAGAAGCUGAACAAGGACAUCAAGUCACCCUGGAGCUCUGGGACAACGGGGCAGGUGCUGAUACUGUUAAAAAUGAUGGCAUCUACACAAGAUACUUUACAGAUUAUCAUGGAAAUGGCAGAUACAGCCUAAAAGUGCGUGUCCAGGCAAGAAAAAACAAAGCCAGACUAAGCUUAAGACAGAAGAACAAGUCUUUAUAUAUACCCGGCUAUGUAGAAAAUGGUAAAAUUGUACUGAAUCCACCCAGACCGGAAGUCCCAGAAGAAGCCACAGAAGCCACAGUGGAAGACUUCAGCAGACUAACCUCUGGAGGGUCGUUUACUGUGUCUGGAGCGCCCCCUGGUGGUGACCACGCUCAUGUGUUCCCACCGAGUAAAGUCACAGACCUGGAGGCUGAGUUUACAGGUGAUCUUAUUCACCUUACCUGGACGGCCCCGGGCAAGGUUCUCGAUAAGGGAAGAGCGCAUAGAUAUGUCAUCAGAAUGAGCCAGCGUCCUCCAGAUCUCCACGAUGAUUUUAGCAACACUACUUUAGUGAAUACUUCCGGUCUGAUACCUAAAGAGGCUGGCUCAAAAGAAACAUUUAAAUUCAAACCAGAAACUUUUAAAAUAGCAAACGGCACCCAGGUCUACAUUGCAAUCCAGGCUGACAAUGAAGCCGGUCUCACCUCCGAGGUCUCCAACAUCGCACAGGCUGUCAAGUUUACUUCCCUAGAACGUAGUAUCUCUGCACUGGGUGCCGAUAUUUCUGCAAUCUGUAUGACAAUUUGGGGAUUAACUGUGAUUUUUAGCUCUAUUUUAAACUAGAAGAUACAAUAGCACUAAAAUGUAAUCUUGUACAUAUUUGCUAAGUGUUGCUUUAAAAUGACUUUACUAAACUCCAUGUCUGCCUGUCAACAAUUGUAAUAUAGAAGUUCAUAUUCAAAGUUGAAAAUUCCCUGAGUUAACUAACACCAAUUCUUUUGCUAUAUGUAAGUCAAGAUUAACAUUUCUUCGUUCGGUUUCUUAAUUGUUCCAUUUACUAUGGAAAUAAGAUAUCCAUUCCCUUUUCACAGUGUGAUGCAAGUUCACUUUGUACAUUAACAAAAUAAAAAUUUGUAUAAGUCAAUUGGAGGGAAUUAUGCAUAUAUAAUAGCAAAUAAUUUUGUAGUUGAAUAAUUUGUAAGAUAAUUAAUAAAGAAUGCUUCCUGCUUAUACAACUGAAAUCAAAAGGGACUAUGAAAGUAAUUUGUAGGGCUGAAGAGAUGGCUCAGGGGUUAAGAGCACUGACUGCUCUUCCAGAGGUCCUGAGUUCAAUUCCCAGCAACCACAUGGUAGCUCACAACCAUCUGUAAUGGGAUCUGAUGCCCUCUUCUGGUGUGUCUGAAGACAGCUACAGUGUACUCAUACAUAAAAAUAAAUAAAUAAAUCUUAAAAAGAAUUUAAUCUAUAUUUUAAAAAGUAAUUUGUAGAGAAAAAUGGUCAAAAGCAGUCAUAAAGUUAAAUGUCUUUUGUCAUUGACUGAGGUGUUUUAUUAGUACACAAAGUGACUAGCAAGAAUAUCUUUACCUAUGAAUUGCAGGCAUCACAAUGACUCUGUUUCUGUCCUGGGACCAUCAUUUGAUCUUAAGACCAUCGCCAAGAUGUACAAUUAGAAUUCGGAUUUUUUUUCCACUUUUGUAGCUCUUGCAUCUAGAGCAAAACUUCAUAUGUAGUAGAUAGUCAAUAAAUGUUUGUUAAACAAU